GAAAUUUUCAGCUCCCACACCCGAGUUCCAGCCUGGAUUGCUCUACUUUUUGCUUCCAUACUUAAACGGUAACGCCAACUAUGGAUUCCCCAGAAUUCCCCCAGCUGCAACAAAAAACCACUUCCUGUCAUGUCCGCUUCUACUUCCCCUACACCAGUCAUCGCCCAGCCUCAAUUAGCGGCUACCAUAAAUCCGACAGAUAGUUUUUUCGGAUACACCUUUUCAUCAGGCUCUGUAUCGGACUCUAGACACGACAGAAGAAUUAUAUCUUCUGAUAUCGACUUGGAACUCGGGUUGAAUCACGAUUCUUCACCGGAUAUCGCACCACCACCAUACAUUGAACCCCCAGAAUACACAGAAUCAUCGGAGACAGUGACGCUCGCCAAAUACCUGUUCAAAUUUGGGUUUCUAUUCCCACCUUUCUGGAUAAUGGGUGCACUCAUCAUCCUCACCCCUCUACGUGCCCCGGACUCAGAUAUCAAUGAUCCUACUUCCCCCCACGCCUGGCUUCCAGAGAAAACUGAAGCUGAACGCGCUGCUGUCUUAUCUCACCUCCGACAAGCAGAGCUUAAAUGGGCUUGGAGGUGCCUUUUCGCGCUUCUUAUCGUCACGCUCUUUGCCGUUGUUGCUGGGGCUACUAUAUGGGCUGUCUUGAGAGCGUAAUGUCGCUUCUGGACGUCCUUAGUCCUACGUUGGCCUAGUUUGCCACGCCCUUCGCUAUUACUUGCGAGUUGAUUCCUCGCUCCGAUCCCCUCCUUUUUGCAUAAUACCAUUCAAAGCACCUUCAUUUUCUUCGACUAUGUCUCUUACGAUGUAUCCCUAGAAGACUACUGUAUGACUACCAGAUUUCAAAUGUACUCUCAAUUCACA